CCACGAAACCUAGAAUAUCUGCCCUUUUGCAAGAAAAAAUUAAAACAUGCUUUCAUCAACUAAAACUCAGUAUUUUGAUCAAAAUGACGGGUCAGGUAUCUUAAUUUUCAAAAAAUGUAAGGUCUGAAGAACACCUAGCUUUGUUUAUGUGAAUAGACAAUUCAGUUUUGAGGUGAUCGUCAUGUAAAUAAAAACGUUUUACUUUCAAAAUGCCAAGAAGUGCUAGAAAUGUUAAAAGCAAAACACCAAGAGCCUCAAUAGGCGUUUCAGACUGGGAAUCAAAACUUUGCGAUCUCAAUUUGAACGAUGAAGUAUGGAAAAUGUCACUGUCCAUUCUUUCACCAUCACUAUUAGCGGAAAAUGAGAUCAUAUCAAUUUUAGCAGCAAGCAUCGUCAAUGGGCAGCGUCAAAGAUUCACGGUAAUAACAUAUGAAGAUGUCCUGAAUCAAAUUUUCACUCAAUGUAAAGCCAAAAGUCAGAAGGAUGCUCCAGAAUUUUUUGAGAUAUGCAAUGUGGCUAAAAAUGCCAUUGAAACCGUCGAUGAAUUAAACCCACAGACACUUUCAAAAGUUUUGAAGUUUAUGCUCAACAGCAUAAAAACACUGGACAUUAAGCAGCAGUCAUUAAGAAAAUCAAUUCCGAAGACUAACCAUAUGGAGGAUACUAAGAAGAAAGAAAACCCAAAAGAUAAAAAAUCUGGUGCCAAAGUCAUAAUAUCACAAGAGCCACCAGUAAACAAAGAGAAAAGUAAACUUUAUAAACGUGGGGAAGAAGCAUUAGAAGAGAAAUACCUGGGUGAUGAACCAGAUAAUGGAAUCAGUCGAUAUAUUCUUCUUGUUAAUUUUGAAAAAUGUGGACUUUUAGAAGAGUUAUGUCGUCUAAAAAUAGACAUCCAUAGUAUUAUACGUUUGCAUGUAAAUGAUCAAAAACAACUUCAAAUAUUAAUCACCAAACAGAAGGCUGAAAAAAUGUGGGGUUCCAAAGGAUCUGAACAAGAUUUGGAACAGAUGAGAUCUGAAGAGGAGGCAUUAUUACUAGCAGAAGAACAAUUAAGACAGUACUGGCGUACAACUAGUAUUCUGAUGCGAGAUCAUGUUUAUGAUCGUUUAGGAAAUAUUGCUACGUUAGAUUAUAAUGUCAAAACAGAAUUACUUCCUGAUGACCUUAAUGGGGCGGAAAACAGGGCAUCUUUUGGAGCCACGAUGUUCAAUGAAAUAUCUACUAUUCUGUAUGAUCUGAUAGACUUUAGACGCCAAUGGAAAAAUUAUUUAGAACAUAUAAAAGUCAUUCAUUUACCUAUAUGCCCUCCUUCAUUGAAUGAAAAUGAUCCCGUAAGUAGCAACCAACUGUUGAAAAUGUCUAAACUAGCAAUCGGUUUACAUCCAGAUAAUUUGGAUAAACCUGCAAUAAAAUCUGAAGAUUGUGGUGAUAUUUUAGCAGAAGACUUCGUUGAUAUGAGGUUUUAUAAUGAAAUACUCCAAGGUUUGCCAAUCGAAAGUACUAGCGUUGAGCUAAUACUUCAUGCCGUAUUAGAACAGGUUAUUGCCAAUGAAAAUGAGAUUUUACCACAGGCGGCAUUAAUUGAUGAGAAAGCAAAAAAUGAGGGAUAUGAUCCCCAUAUUUCUAGAAAUAUUGCAAAUGAAGUAGAUAAACUGUUCUUAACUGAAGAAGAGAGAGCUAGUUUAAGCACUACUUUAGUAAACUUCAACUAGAAAGUUUACAGAUAUGGAAAGCUUAUUCAACAAGGAAACAGUUCCAACAAUCUUUAAAUAUGAUUCAACCACUAGAUUCCGCUUGGGAGACAUUACCGGAAGAUCACAUCAAUCCAACAAUGGAUCAAUUACUUGAUGAUAUUAACAAAGAUAAUAAUCAGCUUAAAAACACAGCGAUACCAUUCGAUGAUCCAUACUUAUUAUAUGAAAGUUUAUCAGUUUUAUUUACUCAAAUUGAAUAUGAAAUAAAUAAAAUGCGGAAAUUUUCUCUUGAAAAUGAAAUAACCAGUGAGAAACAUCAACAUAAUUCAAUUUAUAAUUCUUUAUCAACUCAUUCAUCAUCAUCAUUAUUAUCUGCACAACAACGUAGCCGAUCAUUAUCAUCAGAAUCAUCUGUAAACCGAAAGUCAUCAUUAUCAACCAGACAAAGUACACAAACAAGUCAAAAAGGUAAAAUUUACCCACAGAAUAAUCGUUAAAUAUUUGAUUUUAUUAAAGUAGAAACUAAAUAUCCCGUUUAAAAGUAGAAGUUCAUGUAUUCAUUCUAAAUAAUGAUCAAACUAUAUCAAUUAAGGAAGUUCAUAUAAAUAAUAAGUAGAU